CAGGGCCUGGCAGCUAGAAUUUGAUCCACAGACAGGUAACUCAAGAAUCAGCCAUUGUCACUGCCUUCAGAUCUAUAUAAAGCGCACCUGGACAGAGCCGCAGUCACCGCUCAGCCUUACUUCUGUUGACUCGCCUGCCGGGAGAACUUCACUGAGGACCAUGUCACUCUCAUCUGUCCUUUCCGCCGACGCCAUCGACAGCGCGCUCAAGGACUGUCAAGCUCCUGACUCCUUCAACCCCAGAAAGUUCUUCCAGCUGUGUGGUCUGACGAAGAAAAGCCCUCAGGAAGUGAAGAAUGUCUUCAACAUCCUGGACAACGACGCCAGUGGAUUCAUCGAGGAGGAAGAGCUCAAGUUCUUCUUGCAGCGGUUCUCAGCUGGAGCUCGUGUACUGACCGACAAAGAGACAAAGGCUUUCUUAUCAGCAGCUGACGAUGACAGCGACGGCAAGAUCGGAGUGGAUGAAUUCCAGGCGAUGGUUUUGUCCUGAAUGAUCGGUACACAUCUCUCCCCUCUCUUGUACUCAGAUUUCAUUUCAAUUCAGCAGGUCAAUUCAGGUUUUUUGGCUCCCGGGGACCCCCUGGUCAAUAGAGUCCACACUCGACAGACGCACAGCGUACACACUGCACAGAUUUUAUUUGAUUUUUGAAUAUGUAGAGGGGGCGCACAUGGGCACUGACCAAAUGUAAAACUACCUGAAAAUUAUUAAUGAAGUGAAUAAAUAAAUGGCUCAAAAUA